UUCCCACAUCUCUACACUUGCUUCUUGCGCGCUGGAGAGUGGUGCCAUGUCCCUGAAUUUCAGAGUUCAGUUGUACUGCCUUCUUCUCGUGUUCUCCGCUUUAAAGGGAGAGGGCAGAUACCUACAUGAAAAUGAAGUUACUGCAGAGGGAUUAUUUUCACUUCUUAAUUCGGAAGUCAAGAGAGAAUUGUCAAAAGAUUUUAUUUACCGUCGACCGCUACGGUGUUUGGACAUGCUCAGUAUGGAGGGCCAGUUCUCCUUCUCUGCCCUGCGGCCCCAGCUGAACUGUGCAGUGUACCUUAUCUUUGAGCCCAGCGAGGUCAUCAGUGUGGAGUUCAGCAGUGUGGACAUCGACUGCAGCCGAGGGGACUUCCUCAAGGUGUUUGAUGGGUGGUUCCUGAAGGGGGAGAUGUUCCCCAGCAGUGAGGACCACGCCCUGCCUCUCUCCGAGCGGUACGCAGAGUUCUGUGACUCCGGCGUUCUCCGGAGGACCGUCCGCUCGUCGCAGAAUGUGGCCAUGAUCUUCUUCCGCAUCCACAGCCCCGAGAGUGGCUUCACCGUCACUGUGAAGAAACUCAGUAACCCAUUCCCCUGUAACAUCAUCUCUCAGACGCGGGAAGGCAGAUUCACCAUGGUAAUCCCCCAUCAGCACACCAACUGCAGCUUCUCCAUCAUCUAUCCAGUGGAGAUCCAGAUCCAGGAGCUCACCCUGGGCCGGCUGGACUCCAACGACACUCCCGCGAAGAGGUCGGCCCCAGGGUGUGGGGGGGCAGGGGACUUUGUGGAGCUCCUGGGUGGGAAUGGUGUGGACCCCUCCAAGAUGUUUCCCGUGGCCGACCUCUGCUACUCCCUAAGCGGGCCAGCCCAGCUGAAGGUCGGAUGUGAUAGUGCCGUCAUGAGGUUGGUUUCCAGCGGGAAAUUCAUCAACCGUGUCACUUUUCAGUACCGCCCCCUGGACCGCCAUGAACUACAGACACUCAAAGGAAACCAUGUGGAGGAUUUCUGUUUCAUCGAAUGAGUCUUCAAAUCUUCUGUUGAAACAAAAGAGUUCCUGAUUUGCAUACAACCAGGUGAAUGAUGCAGAAAACUCCAGCUUUUAUUGUGAUAUAUUUUUUAAGAUCACCCUCCUCAGAACAUAGAUAUUGCAUAAUUUAUCAUUUCUUUUUUAUUUUGUAUUUUCCAGACUUAUACAUAUUAUGUCCUUGGCUGUUAUUUCUUUCCAUGGUAAUGGAAUCUCUGAUUAAUGAAAAUACAAUAAGGAUAUUAGUGUCUUCAACACUGUAUAUUAAGUUGUAUGAAGUUGCUAGCUUAUUCUGGACAGAAAGUUAAACCAGAUUCAGCCACUAUCAAAACAGUGUACUUCGACUUUGUGGUGUAAGCCUGAGAAUACCUGUACUAUGUAUCCACAGUAUUUAUGCAAUCAAUGGAUAAGAAUACUUAAAAAUUCAAUUCAAACGGUAUUUAUUUUGUCACAUUAAAGUUUUAUUGUCUGAAAAGUUCAAUAAAUGUGCAUGUAUGCUAAAUGCCUUUCUGCUCGUAUGAGGGAAGGGCGAUGUAUGUAAAAAUAACAUUCUGUGUUUACCUUAAGUAUUUAUUUGUAUAAAAUGUAUUUGUAAUAAAAACUGGACUGCAUGUCAACAUCAGUGAAAGGUGA